AUGUCCUACCGCCUAUCCACAACGGCGGGGUCCACCCUCUCGCGGCGCCUCCUCGCCCAGCCCCACAACCAACUUCACUCGAUCCGCCUCCUCGCCACCCACUCUGGGAAACCCUGCUCCGACUACCUUCGGGCCACCCACCCCGACGGCGACGCCUCCCAGGGCUCCCACAUCGCCUCGACCCUCUCGCGCUUCUCGGCUUCCGUCCUAGCCACCUACUCCCGCCCGCAGCUCCUCUUCACCCGCGGUUCCGGCCUCGACCUCUACUCGGCCGCAGACCCAAACACAAACGACGGCUCCGCAGAGCGCAAGUACCUCGACUUUUCCUCGGGCAUCGCCGUAAACUCGCUGGGACACUCGGACCCGCAGAUUGCAAAGCUCGCCGGCGAGCAGAGCGCACGCCUCGUACACGCAUCGAACCUCUACCACAACGAGUGGAGCGGCGAGCUGGCCGACAAGAUGGUCAAGCUCACCCACCAGCACGGCGGCCUCGGCUUCGCAAAGGGCGCACAGCCGCCCGCAGACUCGCAGACCGGCCUCAAGGUCUUCCUCGCCAACAGCGGCACAGAGGCCAACGAGGCUGCCCUCAAGUUUGCCCGCAAGGCCGGCAAGCAGCACGGCGACCACAAGACCCAGCUCGUCUGCUUCAACAACGCCUUCCACGGCAGGACCAUGGGCGCCCUCUCGGUCACCCCCAACCCAAAGUACCAGGCGCCCUUUGCCCCGCUCAUCGGCGACGUCGUCGUCGGCGACUACAACUCCCUCGACGGCCUCGACCAGCUCAUCACCGAGCACACCGCCGGCGUCAUUGUCGAGCCCGUCCAGGGCGAGGGCGGCAUCUUCCCCGCCAAGCUCGAGUUCCUCCAGGCGCUCCGCAAGCGCUGCGACGACGUCGGCGCCAUGCUCAUCUUUGACGAGAUCCAGUGCGGCCUCUUCCGCUCUGGCACCCUCUGGUGCCACUCCGAGUUCCCCACCGACGCUCACCCGGACAUGGUCACCAUGGCCAAGCCCCUCGCCAACGGCUUCCCCAUCGGUGCCGUCCUGAUGCGCGACGCUGUCGCCGAGCGCAUUGCUGUGGGCGACCACGGCACCACGUUUGGCGGCGGGCCCCUGACGAGUGCCAUCGCCCACCAUGUGCUCGGACGCCUCUCGAACCCGGAGCUCAUCAAGUCGAUGAAGGCCGCCUCGGCGUCGCUCCUGGGCCGCCUCGAGCAGGUGCGCGACAUGUUUUCCGACCUGGUCCGCCACGAGCCCGAGGCCGGUAAGCCCUCGCCGCGCGGCAAGGGCCUGCUGGUCGGACUCAGCAUGAAGGACCCCGCCCACGCCGGCCGCGUCGUGGCCCUCGCCCGCCAGCGCGGCCUGCUGAUCCUGACGGCGGGCAACGACACGGUGCGCAUCAUCCCCUCGCUGACCGUGACCCAGGAGCAGGUCGACAAGGCGGUCGACGUCAUCGAGUCGUGCAUGCUGGUGCUGCGCGAGGAGCUCAAGAAGGCGCCGUCGUCGGCAUCGACGACCGGCAGCAGCGGGUCUGUGGGCGGUAAGCGGAGCUUCUCGACGUCGGCCCGCCGCAGCGACAAGGCAGCGUCGUCGUCGUCGUCAUCGGCGACGGGGCGAAAGACGACGCUCGACGGCAACGAGCCGCUGGCGACGACCGAGGAGAUUCAGACCGUCUACUCGCAAUUCUCGCAGCUGGGAGAGAGCUGGCCCACGGACCCGCUGCGGCCGGACCUCUCGUUUGGCAAGUCGAUUGUUUCUGCGGCUCAGACGUCGUUGCUGACGGUGCAGAGCCAGUCUGCCCUGUCCGAGCACCAGGUGGGCGCCGUCGACCCGACCAAGGUGGGCGUGCGCCAGCUGACGCUCAAGGAGCUCGACUAUGCCAGGCGGGCGCUCGCGGCGCUGCAGGAGCUGCGCGACGGCGGCGUCGAGGCCAAGUUUGGCGUCCCCGACAACGUGCGACGACCGGCGAGCAACCCGCAGUACUAUGAGAAGCUCGUCGCCGCCCUCGACCGCGCGGCGCAAGGCAAGAAGACGAGCCUCUCGUGGAGCGAGCGCAUGGCGCGCUUCUUUGGCCGGCAGUAG